AUGGAUGGAACUUUCCGUGUUGUUGGGGAUCCCUUCACUUCAGAUCAACUCGAAUCCAUCCAUGGUUUUGUGAAGAAUAAUGAGGGUUUGGAAAAGCAAGGUCCAAUGGCUUUCAUACUCAUGUCGAGGAGAAGAACAGAAGACUAUGUGAAAGUGCUGACGUCUCUAAAGCAGUCACUUGAACAAGUCAGUGUUGAAAGCUUUGUGAUGGAUUUUGAGCAAGCUGCCUGGUUAGCAGUAAGACAGGUAUUUCCUGGUGCCACAGUGAAAGGUUGUGUCUUCCAUUUUACACAGGCUGUGUGGCGCAAGGUCCAAGAAGUGGGACUGAAGCCAGCAUACUCUCGCCGGGCUACCAUCUACAACUAUAUCCGUCAGCUCCUGUGA